GCCGGCAGCUCAGGAGCGGGGAGUUCUGCGGGGUGGUGGGCGAGCAGCGUCUGCAGACCCGCCUCCGCAACAGUCUACCCGGCCGCUUCGAUGGCUCGGAGUUGGAGGAUCCUGCCAGGGCUUAAGCCCUCUCUACUAAGUUCAUUAUUGUAGAACUAGAGGAACUAGUUUCGCUUUCAGACGGCCAGUGCGAGUCUCAGUCACUCCGCUCGUCCCGUGACAGACAUUGAACUUCGGAGCAAUGCAGGAGAACUGAAGUGAUCCAUAAACCGAGACCUAAAGCAUGUUGGGAGAAGUACUAUGAUGGAAGUCAAAGGGAAGAAAAAGUUUACAGGAAAGAGUCGACAGACACCACAAGGAAAGAAUAGAUUUCAUAAAAACAGUGAGCCUAGUUCUUCAAAGACAUUCCCAAGGAAAGCUGUUAAGGAAGGCGGACCUAAAGUCACAUCUAAGAACUUUGAGAAAGGUGCCACAAAACCCGGCAAGAAGGGUGCGAAGCAGUUCAAGAACAAGCCACAAGGGGGCAAAGGACCAAAGGACAAAUUUCAGAAGGCAAAUAAAUUCAACAAGAAGCGGAAAUUCCAGCCGGAUGGCAAAAGCGAUGAAUCAGCUGCCAAGAAACCCAAGUGGGAUGACUUCAAAAAGCAGAAGAAAGAGCUGAAGCAGAGCAGGCAGCUCAAUGAUAAAACCAACUAUGACAUCGUGGUCCGAGCAAAGCACAUUUGGGAGAGCUUGAGAAGAAAAGAUUGUGACAAAGAAAAACGAACGAAGCUCAUGGGUGAUUUGCAGAAGUUGAUUCAAGGGAAAAUUAAAACUAUUGCCUUUGCACAUGACUCAACUCGAGUGAUCCAGUGCUUCAUUCAGUAUGGGAAUGAGGAGCAGAGGAAGCAGGCUUUCGAAGAAUUGCGAGGUGACUUGGUUGAAUUAAGUAAAGCCAAAUAUUCCAGGAAUAUUGUUAAGAAAUUUCUCAUGUAUGGAAGUAAACCCCAGGUUGCGGAGAUAAUCAGAAGUUUUAAAGGUCAUGUGAGGAAGAUGCUACGGCAUUCAGAGGCCUCGGCCAUUGUGGAGUAUGCGUACAACGACAAAGCCAUUUUGGAACAGAGGAACAUGCUGACAGAGGAGCUCUACGGGAACACGUUUCAGCUUUACAAGUCAGCAGAUCACCCAACUCUGGACAAGGUGCUAGAGGCGCAGCCAGGAAAGCUGGAGCUUAUCAUGGACGAGAUGAAGCAGAUUCUGACUCCGAUGGCCCAGAAGGAAGCUGUGAUUAAACAUUCACUGGUUCAUAAAGUAUUCUUGGACUUUUUUACCUAUGCACCCCCAAAACUUCGAUCAGAACUAAUUGAAGCCAUCCGGGAAGCAGUAGUGUACCUGGCCCACACACACGAUGGUGCCCGGGUGGCCAUGCACUGCUUGUGGCAUGGUACACCCAAGGACAGGAAAGUGAUCGUGAAAACAAUGAAGACGUACGUGGAGAAGGUUGCUAAUGGCCAGUACUCUCACUUGGUUCUCCUGGCGGCAUUUGAUUGUAUUGAUGAUACUAAGCUUGUGAAGCAGAUAAUCAUAUCAGAAAUCAUCGGUUCCUUGCCCAGCAUGGUUAAUGACAAGUAUGGAAGGAAAGUCCUGUUGUACUUGAUGAGCCCCAGAGACCCUGCCCACACGGUGCCAGAGAUCAUCGCGCUGCUGCAGAAGGGGGACGGCAAUGCGCACAGUAAGAAGGACCCUGCAGUCCGACGGCGUGAGCUCUUGGAGUCCAUCUCUCCAGCUUUGUUGAGCUACCUGCAAGGGCACAUCCAGGAGGUGGUGCUGGAUAAGUCGGCGUGUGUGCUGGUGUCCUACAUCCUGGGAUCUGCUACUGGAGAUAUUCAACCUGCUAUGGAAGCCAUCGCCGGUAUGGCAGCAACACAGCUGUAUCCUGGUGGCAAGGACGGAGAGCUUCAUGUUGCUGAACAUCCUGCAGGACAUCUAGUUCUCAAGUGGCUAAUAGAGCAAGAUAAAAAGAUGAAAGAAAAUGGAAAAGAAGGUUUUGCAAAAGCCCUUGUAGAGUGCGUUGGCGUGAAGAACCUCAAGUCCUGGGCCAGCAUCAACCGAGGAGCCAUUAUUCUUUCCAGCCUUCUUCAGAGUUGUGACCAAGAAGUUGUAAACAAAGUCAAAGGUGAACUGAAAACCCUGAUUCCUACCUUGGAGAAAACCAAAAGCACCAGCAGAGGCAUGCAGACUCUGCUUGAGAAGCUGACUGCAUAGCAUAGGCCUGCAGGAUGAGCAAGCGGGAACUCUCGCCCCAAGGAGAAGGACAGAAUCUAUCACUCGUAACUGGAUGCUCUAUGCAUGUAUUUGUUAAAGGACCUAUUUAUAUAAAAUUGUUUCUUAAAGAGACCUUUGGUGUAAUGUCAACUGUCUGACCUGUCAGACGGAGUACUACACAGAUCGCAGUGUGGCGGUGUGAUGCAGAAGGGCUAUGGCGGGCCCAAAUGGGUGCUCUGUGGUUGAAUGGCUUGAUUUAGGAAAGGAGACAGCUGUGAUCUGAGAAGGCUUCCUGGAGUAGGUGGACUUUAAAGAUAUGUUACAACAAAAGAAGUAAGGGCAGGAAGUUCAAACAGAGUGUAUAGUGAGGGCAGUAAAGCAAAGCACUGAACUCCGGGAACCUGUGGCCAGGGCAGCCUGCCUGGGGACAGCUGCCUCUUCAGCUGCUGUGCAGACUGAGUUCGUCAGGUUUGCUUUGGAAGCUGCUCUGGUAAGUCUGGUAAGCACAUGGAAGGAAGCGUGCUAGAAGACUUAGAUGAUGGGUCCUCGCUGAAGUCAAGGAUGCUGGGAAAGUCUUUGCAUUUGGGCCUCCAGAGUAAAUACCUUCCAAGGAGAAUGAGGACAUUGCCCCUUGGAACAGUCCCUAAAAUAGUCAUAGCCCAUAGUGUGGCUAAAAGGGGGAACUGCGGAAAUAUGUUAGUGCGUAGAGGUUUGAGUGCGGGUAGUGUGUUUGGACUUUAAAAGUACAGUUGACUUUGAGCAACAAAGCUGGAGCUCUGUAGACCACGAGAGCUCAUGUAGCUGCGUUUUCAGUCUGCAGGCCUGUCCUUGCUGCUCUGGGUGUCUGAUGAUGUAAUGGGUGGCCAUCUGCUCUGUACGUGCUUCGGCGCUCUGGGGAAUUGAUUGUGCCUUACCUGUCCCAACCUAAGGUUCCAGGACUACUAAUGUAACCUCUGAGAUUGUCCUGCCCCCACGUGCUGAGGUGUAGUAGGCCCUUUCCGGAGGCAUGACACCUGUCACUGUUGGUUGGAUCCUCAAGGAAGAUGGGCAUGAAGUGAAGAGGAAAAUGGGGAAGAGACAAUUUGAUUUGCUUCUGUGUGAUUAACAUGUCAUGAUUUGUGUUUGAGUUCUCUGUAGAAAGGACCAUUUAUAGAUGAGAGUUGGGGGUGCUACGUGUUUAAUCGUUAAAAGUGAAAAGAUAAACAUGUACACAACUCGAAAAGUGCUUUUGGGCAGCUUGUAGAAGAAGCAGCCGUUUCCUCUGCAGCCCUAACUCAUACUCUCUGGAAUGACUUGUGUUCUUAGCGCUGGUGGAUUUCCAAACAUACAGUAUGAAGUCCCAAGUACCUAACACGUAUAUAUUCAAAUACACAAUAAAGAGCA